AUGCUGUCGUCUAUUCAGAAUAGAACCUUGGAAUUCCAGCAAUGUGUGGCCUCCUUUGACAAAAUCAACCGUACGGGCCAGCAACAGAAUGUUCAACCCAUCAAAAGAUCACAAUUCAGUAUGCAAGCGGCGUCAAUCGCCAAAGAUAUUGCACAGACUACAGACUUGUUACUGAAGCUCGCCCAACUAGCAAAGCGAAAGACCUUGUUUGACGAUAAGCCCGCCGAAAUCAACGAGUUGGCGUACGUGAUCAAGCAGGAUAUAUUUAAGAUCAGUCAGAAUCUCAAGAACUUGAAGCGUGCUGCCAAUGGAGACUCGUCCGUCAAUUCAGACAAGGAUAUCAGACAAUACUCCGAUAAUGUCUGCAAGCUUUUGAACUCCAAGAUGCAAAAUGUCAGUGGUGAGUUUGCGACGGUCCUCGGGAUCCGCCAAAAGAAUGAGCUCGAGAACAAGUCGCGCAAGGAGAACUUCUUGUCUGCUGCCACUAACCUCCGCCAGAACUCACAAACGCCGCGUCUGAUUGAUGGCGACAGAAAGGGCGCAUCGCCUCUCCAGAGCUAUGGUGAGAAUCCAUACUCUCACAUCCAUGAACAGAAGCAGGACUCGCCGUAUGGCAACAAAAAUGGAGAUCUCCUUUCUAUACCAGAUCAAACGAGACAACUUCUUCUAUUGGAGGAGCAAGGAAACGAAUACAUUCAAGAGCGUAGCUCUGCUGUAGAGACCAUUGAAGCAACCAUUAACGAAGUGGGUAACUUGUUCCAGCAAUUGGCAUCGAUGGUAUCAGAGCAGGGAGAGCAGAUCCAGCGUAUCGACCAGAAUGUGGAUGAUAUUGACAUGAAUAUCAUGGGUGCCCAGCGGGAGCUUCUCAAAUUCUACACUCGUAUUUCCAGCAACAGAUGGUUGUUUUUGAAGGUUUUUGGUGUGUUACUUGUCUUUUUCUUGCUUUGGGUGCUUGUUAGUUAG